UCCGGUGUGCGGCCCUUGACAUAGAAGGACAAUCGAACGGGAUACCGUUUUCUUUCCUUUGCUGUGAAAGUCCGACAUUUUUCACGGUCGGAAAAAAGCAAAACUACAAAGAGCAUUUUUAUUUACUUGACGGGAAACAGGAUUUUGGAAAGGCGAAAGAUUUUAAACCAGACGGCAGCAGCAUGUGAACACUCCCUGAUUGGACGCUCCAUCAUCCUUUCAUUUUGUCACCUCAUUCAUCCCGACUGAAGUCAGACAAGGAAGGACGACGGGGCAACAGAAGUUCUUCCUGGAGUGAGAUGUCGCUCUUCUUCUCUGGCGCGGUGACCAGUUCACCAAUAAAACGACGCCUGAGGUCCAGCUCUGCUCACCAGAGCCUGGACGUGUCCCUGCUGUCUCCCGACUCCUCGUACGUGUGCUACUCAUCUUCCCCAGCGUGGGCGCCCGUGGGGUCCCCGUUGGCGGGCGACGGGCAUUCCAUCUGCUGUCGCCGCUCGCCCCGCCUCCUCACUAAUGGUUACUAUGCCGUGACCGACGACAGCUUCCUGUGGGAUGAGGACGGCAACGUGUCACUGACGCCUUGCGCCGCCAGCGUGUCCUACAAGGAGAACGUUUUCAGAGUGUUCCGGAGGCGCAGACGUAAAGCCGGCAGGUCCCUGGCUCACUUGCUGAGCGACGUGACUGAGAGCUGCCAGACCUGGCUGGACAGCAGGGUCUUCGGUGGGGUGUUCCGGACGGCCAAGGACCUGGACCGGGACCCAGAGAGAGACCAGGAGAACCAGGAUCCGCACUUGGACCAGGACCAGGACUGGGUCCGGGAGGAAGGAUUCACUUCGCUGGAAGAACCGAGCUGGUGCGGUUUGGGCCAAUCUCAAGCGGACAACGGCUGCAGUUUCUUCACUUACGAUCCCAGCGAAGUGGCCCCCCCUCCUGACAAAGAGACCCCGCCCCCCAAGCAGAUAAUCCAGAAGGAGAUCUGCUCAGAAAUCUGUCAAUCGAGUGAGUGCUUCACCCAGUCGCUGGGGGGACUCUCAGAGGUCCCUCCUCCCUCCGCCUUCUACGCCAACACCUGCCAUCAGCCCAACGCGCCUCAAUGCACAGGCGUAACGCCGAUGACUCUCCUUGUCUUGGUCUUUGCCGUCUUUGUCUUCCUGACGCUCUGCUCGGGUUAUUUCGUGCGGAGUGCGGCGGGAGUGGCGGCGGCGGCUUGCACGAUCACGGCGACAUGCGUGUGUGCGAGCAGGUCGACUGCGAUGCAAGGGUGGAGGAGGCGUGCCAAGACGGAGGACAUCACUUCACGCAACGAGUGACCUGCCGGGACCGGAACCACACACACGCACACACACACACACACGUUAUCUUUUUUUAUUAUUUACACGACCUUAUUAUAUAGAAUAAUCUUUAGUGUUGUCACAGCUUGACGAUGAGCGUCUAAACAAAUCCACUCUGACACUUAACGUGCCAAAUGACAACGGACAAUCCAGAGGAAACGCUCGUUUCUUCCCUGCAUUGUACUCUUAGUUGCCGUAGCGACUAAGGAUGCCGACAAUUAUCAUCGCCAAGGCGACUAAACGUGUACUUUCAAAUUAAAUUCAGUGAGGCUCGUUGACUGAAUAUACACGCACACGAAAAAACCUCUGAGGCACUCACCAAAAAAGGUUUCAGACAGAAGAAAAGAGCUUUUUUUCCUUCUGUGUUUGAGGCGUUUUUGUUUUAGUAUGAAAGUUUUGGCUGAAUAAGAGAACUUCCUUUGGUGCGUGUAUGAGAGGAUUUUUUUUUUGUUGUGUAUGAGGUUUUUGGGCAUGUCAUUAUUUUUGGUGUGUGUAAGAGGUUUAUUGGUAUGUGAGAGGUUUGUGAGUUUUUUGGGCUUGUGUGAGUGUUUUAGGUCAGAUUUUUUUAGGUGUGUGUGUGAGAGAGGAUUGUAGGUGAGUUUUUGGUUUGUGUGAUGACUGUAUUGGCAAGUGUGAGUUUUUUGUGUAAGAUCUUUUUAGGUGCGUGAGAAGUCGUUUAGGUGUGAAUGAGGUUGUGUGAAAAUGAAUUAUUUUUUGGUAUGUGUGUAUGUGUUUUUUUUUUUUUUUUUUGUGGGUGUGUAUGCAUGUGCGUGACGUUUUUGGUGAGUGUGAGAGGAUUUUAGGUUUUGUGUGGGUUCUCCGGGGUGAGCGGGAGGUUUUUAUGAGCGGGAGUUUUUUUUUUUUUUUUUUUUAAGGCAUGUGUGAGGCAAAUGUUGUUUUUGGCCUAUUUGGGACCCCAUGCUCAUACACACAUGCAGUUUAUUUUAAAAGCACUUAAUGUACUUAUUAACCUUUAGUAUAAUGUCUCUUUACCUUUGAUUGGUCAGGUAUUGAUCAAUGUUAGAGCCUAUUUGCAUAUUUUAAUAACAAGAAGAGUCACAUUUAUUUAUUUAUUUUGUUUGCUAAAACCUUUUGCAUUUCAGCAUGGAGGAAAUGUCACUAAAUGUCUCAUGCUCUCUUGCUAUUCAAGAUGUAAAUAUUUAUAUCAGACAAUUCAAAAUAAGUAUUAAGGUACAUGUAGUGACAUGUUUUCAGCACUUUUGUUGAUUUUAUAUUUUUAUAGACAUACAAUAAAACUUGUCUAUAGAUACAAA